GCUCUGCCGAGGUUGAGCUGGAGACACGAGAAUCGCGAUUGCAUAAAGACCCUCUGUUGAGUGAAAUAUUCCCUCCACUCGCAAAGCACAGGGAAACAUGUUUUACUUUCACUGUCCACCACAGUUAGAAGGAGAGUGCUGCAGGACUAACACAUUGAACACAAAUGGGUUUGGGAAUCACGCCUCUGGAGACUUUGAUGACGGUUUUCUGCGCAGAAAACAACGCAGAAACAGGACGACCUUCACUUUACAACAGUUGGAGGCUUUGGAGACGGUUUUUGCACAGACCCACUAUCCAGACGUGUUUACAAGAGAAGAGCUGGCUAUGAAAAUCAACCUAACAGAGGCUCGCGUCCAGGUGUGGUUCCAAAACCGAAGAGCAAAGUGGAGGAAAACAGAGAGAGGAACUUCAGACCAGGAGGGAAGCAAAGAGCAAAUGAAUGACGGCACCCCACCUGCACGCAACCUCAACCAGUCUCCUGUUGACCACAGCAGAAAUAAGAAAGAACCAAUGGAACUACAGCAGAAUAUUAACAGAGUGGUGGGUUCAGGCGGACCUUUUUUCCCAUCUUGUCUGCCUGGGACUCUGCUGAACACAGCCACUUACGCACAUGCCCUUUCACAAGUGGCAACUUUAAAAGGAAGUCCAUUGUGUUCCUGCUGUGUGCCUGACCCAAUGGGCCUCUCCUUCCUGCCACCAUAUGGGUGCCAGAGUAACCGGACAGCCAGUGUCGCAACCCUGCGGAUGAAAGCCAGGGAACAUUCAGAGGCGGUGCUGCAGUCAGCCAACCUGCUGGGGGCAGGGUCUACAGCCGGGCCCGGAGCAGGUCCAGGGGUCGGGCUGGGCCAAAGCACUGUUUCUGCGGGAGGAAGCGAUUCCAGUCCUAACUCUGGUACCUCUAAGAUCACAUCACUACGGAGAACUCCAGACAAACAUCUGCACUGCCAAAAGGAGGGUCCGGAUAAGAAAUGAAGGAGUCUUGUUUUUUUUUUGUUUUUUUUUUCCUAAUUUGAGGACACGCUUUGGACGAAGGAUUUAUAAUCAAACAUUGAAUGCCUGCUGCCUCUUUUUUGAGAGCACUGACAUA